AUGAAGAUAAACUCUGCCAGCUAAUAAAAACUUGCUCAUGCUCGACCAUAGUCUUCACCCUAAAAAUAAGGAUAGUCCCCCAUAAAGAAAAAUAAAUAUUUGGUCUCUUCUGGGAUAUCAACUAUUACUAAAACUGAUAAUAAAGUAUCAAAAUCAACAGCUUUAUCUCAUGAUUUGAUUUCUCUUAUCAAAAAUGGAGCUAACUCUCAAAAUACUAAUUAGUUAUUAGAUAAAAAGCAAAGUUCUCGUAGUAAAUUGAUUCUUGAUAUAAAUGAUGCAAAUUUGAAAAAAAAUAGACCCAAUUCAAGAUUAUUGAUACAAAAUAUAGUUAAAAAUAAGAAAACAGAUUGUAAUCUUAAGUAUCAUGAAAGUUUGAUUCAAAAGCAAUUCCAAAAAUUACUUGGUCUCCAAAAAUAGCAUAAUUAAACUCACAUAUCUCCACCAUAAAUACAUAAUAGAGCUAUGAGCAAUGGAGAUCUAAAGCCUACAAGUGAUAUUGCAAAUAAAUUAAUUGAGUAUAUAAAGAAAUAAUCUGCCAAAUAACUCAAAGGUUACAGGUCAAUAUCAAAUCCUGAUAUCAUAUUAACAGAUAGAAGACUAAUUUAAAAAUAUGCAGUUAAAACUUAAGCAGGCUUGCUACAUACAAAAAAAGAAAAGGUAAAUCAAGAUUCAUACGCAAUUCAUGAAAGAAUAGGAGAUAUUGAUAAUUCAUAUUUAUUGUAAGUUUCAGAUGGUCAUGGUAUCAAAGGCCAUGAAGUUGCAUAAUUCGUUUAAGAAAGAUUACCUACUAUAUUAGAUUAGCUAUUAAAAUUACAUAAGAUGGGAAAGAAGGAUUAGGAUAUGAUUAUCCAAAUGAUAUUAAAAUAAGCGUUUGAAAGAACUACAAAGGAAUUAUAUUAAUCAGGAAUUGAUAUAACUUAUAGUGGUGCAACUACCGUCUGCUUAUUAAUUAUUGAGCACACUGGUUGGUGUGCUAAUAUAGGAGAUUCAAGGGCAAUUAUUGGCCGGCAGAAAGAAGGACUACAUGUGGUUGAAUUAUCUCACGAUUAAAAGCCUGAUUUACCGAAAGAAGAGAAAAGAAUAAUAUCAAAUGGAGGAAGAGUUUAAGCAUAUUCAGAUGAAGAAGGAAAUCCAAUUGGUCCAGCAAGAGUUUGGUUAAAAGAUGAAAAUGUUCCAGGGUUGGCCAUGUCUCGAAGUUUUGGAGAUUAUGUCGCUGCUUAAGUAGGUGUAAUCUCAAUUCCAGAAAUAAUUAAACAUACAUUUUAAAAUGACAAAUUUCUUAUAAUUGCAUCCGAUGGAAUUUGGGAAUUUCUCGAUAAUCAAUGGGUUAUAGAUAUAGUGUACAGUUACUAUCUGAAAAAUGAUGCAGAGGGAGCCGUAGAGAGGUUAGUGAUAGAGGCUACUGAAGCUUGGAAAAAGGAGGAUGAAGUCAUAGAUGAUAUCACUUGCAUUGUUGCAUUUUUAAAUUGA